AUGGCGUCGCCGAGUACAGCCAGCUCACCCCGUUCAGAUUCCCGCCUACCAACGAGUACACCAAGCUCGCCGCCAGAGUCAAAUGAUGACCUCGAAGGCGCAGAUGAUGCUCUAGUGAGAGAAGAACAGGAAGCGCGGGCUGAAAAUAACAAAAAUGAAGAGAAACAUCGUCAGGCUCUCCUGAAGAAAAAGAAGACGAAAAAGGCUGAGACUAAAGCUGAGCGAGAAGCCAAGGCUAGAGAACUUGACGAGUUGCUGGCAAAGUCUGCUGCGUUCUCGGAUAUUCUCACUAAAAAGACACAGGUUCUCGGUCGUGUGGGAAGCAGUCUCAAUGGAGCGACUCUCGGUGAGCAUAACUUGAAAAUGGCCGCGCAACCCAAGUGUAUGAUCAACGGCACCAUGCGCGACUACCAGCUUGAGGGUUUGACUUGGAUGUAUGAGAUUUGCUCUCAAGGCAUGUCUGGUAUUUUGGCUGACGAGAUGGGUCUUGGCAAAACCGUUCAAACCAUCGCCUUGAUUGCAUUGCUUCGUGAGCAAGAGAAUUAUCUCGGCCCUCAUUUGAUCGUCGCGCCUCUCAGUACACUCAGUAACUGGAUUGCCGAGUUUGAAAAAUGGACACCUUCGAUCCCUGUGGAGAUGUACCAUGGCGAUAAGAAAGCUCGUGAGCAGAUCUUUAAGACAAAAAUGACGAAGCACCUCAAGAGCGGUCGUCCUACUGCCAAGUUUCCAGUGGUUUGCACGUCUUACGAGAUGGUUCUCAGAGACCAGCACAAUUUGUCAAGGAUCAACUGGGAGUUCAUCAUCAUUGAUGAAGGUCAUCGCAUGAAAAAUGCAGAGGCCAAACUAUUCCAACAGCUUCGCCAGUUUCACUCGGCUACUCGCCUUCUCAUCACGGGAACUCCUCUGCAAAACAACUUGAAGGAAUUGUGGUCACUUCUUCAUUUCCUCCUUCCCAACAUCUUUACUGACUGGGAGGCAUUCGAGUCCUGGUUCGACUUUUCAGAUCUUCAAGAUGAGGAGGGAACAGAAGAGUUUAUCGCCGAUCAAAAGAAGCAAGAGUUGGUCAAGAAGAUUCACCUGAUUUUGCAGCCCAUGUUGCUCCGACGUGUCAAGGCAGAUGUCGCAGCAUAUCUUCCCAAGAAGCGGGAGUAUGUGUUGUUUGCUCCCAUGACAAAGGAUCAAACAGAUUUGUACAAUGUUCUUACUGACAAAACGGUCGAUACUCGACAGUAUCUCGAAAACAAGGUACUCGAAAAGCUGAACGCUGGUGUAUCCACAACACCCAGCGCCAAGUCAUCUCGAUCGAGCAGUCUUGCCCCGUCAAAGGCUACAUCACUCCCAAUUCGUGAGCGUAAGAAAGAGAUGGAGCCAGAGGAGUCCGAGAAGCCUGAGGAGCCAGCCCCCAAUGCUUUCUCCGUGAUGAUGAAUAAGAAGCGUGGUCGUGGAAGACCUCCCAAGAAUCCAAAGCCCGACACACCAACCGAAACUCCAGAGAAGCUUGGAACAAAGCGCAAGAACCACCCUGUGGCAUUGGAGCCAGAGCCGAAGAGCACAAAGUCGAGUCGCCAGGCAACGCCCAUUGGGUUGCGCAGAAGAACCAGAAAGACCCGAACAUACAAGGAUGCUGGAUCGGAUGAGGAGAAAUUGUCAGACGAUGAAUUCGAGGCCAAACUCGCGAAUGAGAUAGAAUCCGAUGAUGACAAGGACGACAAAGAAUCGAUGACUCCCGAGGAGCGUGAACGUGUCGAGGCUUUUGAGCUUGCCAAAAAGCAGAUUUCUCAUAAGAAGCUGGGCAACCCAAUGGCCCAGCUGAGACUGGUCUGCAACUCGCCGCACAAUUUCUAUAACCCCUGGAAAGCUUCCACCGAGCUCCCUGUAGACGACUCAAUUGUCACCGCUUCAGGAAAAAUGCUCCUCUUGGAUCGUCUACUUCCUCGCCUGUUUGAAGGCGGUCACAAAGUCCUCAUCUUCUCUCAGUUCACCACUCAGCUAGAUAUUCUGGAAGACUACUGUGCCGAACUUCGAGGCUGGAAGGUCUGCCGUAUCGACGGCUCCGUCUCGCAAACAAGUCGACAAGAACAAAUCGCCGAUUUUAACAGUGAUCCAGACUACAAGAUCUUUCUCUUGUCUACCCGCGCAGGCGGUCAAGGAAUCAACCUUGCUUCUGCGGACACAGUCAUCCUAUUUGACUCCGACUUUAACCCCCAGCAAGAUCUCCAAGCUCAGGAUCGUUGCCAUCGAAUCGGCCAAACCCGCCCCGUGGUUGUUUUCCGUCUUGCGACAAAGGACACGGUUGAAGAGUCACUCCUCAACUCCGCAGACGCCAAACGCCGUCUCGAGAAGCUCGUUAUCAAAAAGGGCAACUUCAAGACAAUGGGACAAAAGAUGGAUCUCCGCGAAGAUCUCGACCCUGAAUCUCUUCGCGCCCUUCUUUUGAAGGAUGGCCAAGUGUACAAAGUGUCUGGUGGUGAAGAGGUACUCAGCGAUUCGGACCUCAAUGUCCUUUGCGACAGAAGUGACUCGGCUUACGAAAAGGCUGCUAGCGGAGAAGGCGAUGCUGAUGCCUUCCGCGUUGUCGAAACAGGUGCUGAUUCUAUCAAGAUGGCGCGCAAGGAUUGA